AUGGGAAAACCCGAAAACUACACAGUUCUGCUGCAAAUUCUCACUUUCAUCGAGCUUCCCGUCUCUUUCUACGGCGCCUACUGCAUUCUGUUCAAAACUCCGCCAAAAAGGAGCUCUGUGAGUUUCAAGGAUGACGGUAGUCAUUUCCAAUGAUUCCAUUCAAUUGUGGGUGCGUUGGAGUUGGAAUCGGAUGAUAUUGCAGUGAGAUCAAUUACAGUUUCACUUGUUUCCUGUAUCUUAUCAUAUAUCAUCUGUGAAACAUGUGCGUGAACUGUAUGUAAUCAGUUUUCUAGAAUAAACUGAUAACAGAUUGCUGAUAUGAUAUCCACACUUGCGUUCAAUUCAAGAUCGAGACAAUGACGAAGAUCGUGUGGAUGCUCUUCCUCCUGCUCCUUGUCUCCGGAAUUGCCUCCACAGACGCCGAAAGCAUAAUCGACAAGAACAACUUGAUCAUGUCACUCAACGGCGCUCGUCGGAAGUUCGCCGACGACCACUUCAUUGCGAACAUGUGGAUGAUGGUCAGAACGAGAAGAGAAGAAGCCUACAAUAUCUUCUUUUCAGAAUUGGAGUGAAGAUCUUGUCGCUAAGGCUCAGAACCUGACAUCGGAGUGCGAUAAACUGGUGACCGGACCCGAUUAUCGAUACUUGUUUGCAAGUGAAGUAUUUUUGAGCGUGAAAAGGAAUCGGAGAGCCGUAGAAUCGCAUGAUCUCGGUUCCGACGGCACAAAGUGGAGCAGAGUAAACAAAGAGAAGACGGAAUCCGAGAUUUCCAUCGCCCAAAUUCUCGAUGUGAUCAUCGCAUUCCCUGGCAUUUAUCUUGAAGCGUUGCUUCCAAUUCAGACCCACAUCGGAUGUGUGCUGCACAAAUGUGUGGACGACCAGCCGUUCCUCUGUCUCGUGGGACCACAGUGAGUUUUGGGAAUUCGAGUGAAGCCUGACAGAAAUGGAUAAUAUAAUUUCAGUGGAAUGAUAUUGGAAGACGAUGUGAAGAUCGGAAAACCAGGAUCCGCGUGUGAGAACGGAAGGAAUGCGGGGUCGUUGUGCAGAGCUUCUAGAUAG